GUCGACAUCAGGCUCUACGCUGCAAACAGAACAAGCUGGGCGACUUAGCAUCUUCAGGGCACUCAAGUAGCACUUCACUCUAUUACGCCAGAACAUUCAAGACUCGGCCGAAGUGCUCGCAAUACGACGCAAGCCUAGCUCAGAUCAAAGCUCGUCCUACUAGCCCAUCACACGGCAUCAGUUUCUUCGCCAUUGCCAGGGCGACCACGCCAUGUAUGAGCUGUUUCUCACGGCGCUGGUUGAAGACGCCGACUUCCAGGCGGCAUGUGCCGUCCUGAGCGGCUUCUGCGCAAUGCCGCCGUGGGAAACGGUCAAUCGAGUCCUCUACUUCCAAGGACCCCCGCGACCAGCAGGCAUCUCAAACCAGAGCUCCAUUGACAAGCCUAUGCGCAAGGACGUCGCAUUCCUGUACAAGGAACUGCAUCAGAACCUCAGUCGCCAGUCCUUUGUCCUUCAGACGCGGUACGAAGUUCUCAAGGAUCGCGACAUGGGCCCUUCAUCAACGUCGCAAGACCUCGACGCUAUGUCGGGAAUCCUAAGAUGGGCCGACUUUCCAGAUCCUCCAACCGCGAGGCCGGUUCUCACGCAACGCAAGAUUGUCGAGCUGUGGGAACAGAAGAGACUGUUGUCGGUGAUGCGGGAUAACAACUAUCUGUUCAAGACGGAGACAAUCGAGGAGCUCUACAGGUUCUUCCGUGACGACAUCGAGUUUCGUCUGUCAAGGUCAUACUUGGUCAAGCCCAUCAAUGACUAUACGCCGCUUGGGUCCGCGCAACAUCAUCCAGCCGAGCCCUUGCACACUCUGCCAGCGUGGGAGGGUCUCACGCCAAUGGACGGCCAGAAUCGUUGGAUCCUCCAAAUCAAGGCCCACGUGCUGCAAGACAACAAACCUGAUGAGAUUCGCAAGGCUCAGGACCAGCUUAUGGCGAUCCGGAGCGAGCUCGACGGGGUCUUUGACUUCAAGACGAUCGACCGCAAGGUGCAUGAUACUCGUGUUGCGAUGCAGCAGCAAGGCAUCCAGGCGCUGCCUCAAAGAGUCAUGCUGGGCAAAACCUGAGGCUGCUGAAUCGAGUCUGGCGGACACCUGAAUUUCAGGGCAACCGGCCUGGUGCUGCGCGGCGCGGCCUGCGGCGAAGGAAUGCAUCCUCAGGAGGCGUCUUUUUCAUUCACAUUAGAUACCCAAUCAUCCCGAUCACUCACCCAGGUGCUCCCCCCUUUAUCCGAUGAUAUUCUCGUGGUGAACGCGAAGUGGUCU